AUGUUGGGCCUUAAUCGAAUAGUGCAGCUGUAUGCAGUCCUGUUCUGUCUGCUGACGCUAUGCCUCGCGAAAGACGACGAGUACUACGACAACUCUACAAACUACCGUCCUCGCAAUGUCACAGGUCUCGGCGACUUUUAUCAAUGGGUUGGAUCGUAUUACAACGCGACCGCAGAAGUCGAAUUGAGACCCAUCUUUGGAGACGUCUGGAACGAGACCAUUUUCGGCCCCAACUACACGGAUAAUCUGUGUCCUGAGCUAAAGAACUCGACCCAAAUUGUUAAAUACGACGCAAUUCUCAGUAUUCUUGAGAAAGGAAAAUGGAACGCUGGGAUUAACUCUGUUAUUUUCUGGCUGACGCUCAUCCCAAAAUCCUCAGCGGGGUUCAAUGUAUCCUCUCUGGGCACCGACUUUACGUAUUCAUCUCAGCCCGGGGGGCUGCAAUUUCCCCUAUAUUCUGUGCAUCCAAGCCCAGAUGGUUAUUCGCGACCCCAAGAGGGCAAAGGCCCUGAUAUUUUCAACUUCACCACUACCCAGACCAAUUCCGGAGCUUACAACAUCAGCGCCCUACUUCAACGCAACAUCCCCGAAUCCUACUCGUCAAGUCUAAACCUCACCAUGCCAGUGUGUAACACCACCGAGCUAAGCGGUGACUAUAGAGUUGGUAUAGAGGAGUACCGAUCUUGGCAGGCGGAGGACUGGGAUGACUUUCGAUGGCCCGAUAUUAGUGUCUUGUUCGAUGACAAGACAGCGAACUUGACUAUGGACGCUGUCUUUUCUGCAAGUCCAUAUGUGUGGCCUAAUGCGACGACUGAGUGGUCAGGGCCUCAAACAGGUAGCCCUGGUGCGCAUGGCUUUAUUCAGAUUCGUGUCUCUGGGGUUAUCGAUGCAUAUCAUUCGGAUUCGCUGAGUCUUAGAGAUGAGACGCCUGUUUGGUUACGCACCGUGGGCUUUGGGAACGAUUCAUCCAACAUCGGAUACGAUAGUGGAUCUAUCAAGCUGUCGUCGGAGUUCACCAUCUCUAUCAUGGUCGUUGCUCUAGGUAUCAUAAUGAUUUUAUAG